UUGAAGAAGAUAGCUUUGGGUGGUGAAUGUAAUGAAUUUUUGUUUUGGUUGAAGGUGAAAUGAAAAAGAAGAAGAAGAAGAAUGGUUAAAUUUAUGGUGGGACCCAGGCGAGAGAAGGAGAGAUUUAAUGAAAGAUCGGACGACACAGAGAAAAGAUCCGACGGCUAAGAUGAAUUUCAUUAAUGGUAUUAUUGUAAUUAUCUUAUUUCUUUUCUUCCGAAGAUCUAACGGCUCAUAUUAUAAAACAGAUGAUCUGAUCUAAUGGUUCAUUUUAAGCCAUCAUUAAAGGCAAAAUGGUAAUUUUCUUCUACUUGGUCCAUGUAAAUUUUUUUAGGAUGCCUGAGACUUGUUUUUGGCCAUUUGCUCCAUUUCAGAUUUUAGUCCGAGUUUCUCUGAGAAAUCCCAAAACAGCUUUCCGAUGAGCAAUUGCUGCUGCAUUUCUCACAAAUUCGCCGAUGCAGCCUCCUCUAACCCUCACAAAGUCGCCGUCACUCAUUCCUCGGCCAGGUUCAUGUCGGAUUCUCCUCGACCUGUUCACGACGGUGACACAACUUUCACCUUCGCCGACCUAUCUUCAUCCGUCGAUUCUCUCAGCCUUCGUCUCCGUCGCAUUCUCGAUGCUCCAGUCCACAACGAUCCUCACCUCAUCACUCCACAACAAUCAUCUCCAGGUACAGAUAAGCUCGCUGAGUCAGGUGUAUACAUCCCAAAGGUGUUGGCCUUAUACAUGCCGCCUUCAGCUGAAUACAUAAUCUCUGUGCUUUCUGUUUUGAGGAUUGGAGAAGCCUUUUUGCCUUUAGAUCCUUCUUGGCCGAGAGAUAGGGUCUCGUCCAUUCUUUCCUCUUCGAAUGUUGCUCUUGUUAUCGCCUGCGGCUCUUCUUUCGAUCAGUUCGGGUGUGAGCCGCUUUGCAGAUCGCACUGGCUUGCUCAAAGCAGCGCCCACCACCCUGUGUUGUUCUUUUCCAUGAGUGAGAGGUUGAGUGCUGAAGCUGCUCCCCGCUCAACCCUUGCUUGGCCUUGCAAGAAAGAGAGGCAAAGGAAGUUUUGUUAUCUCAUCUACACUUCGGGAUCUACUGGAAAGCCUAAAGGAAUAUGUGGCACUGAGCAAGGACUUUUAAACCGUUUCAUGUGGAUGCAAGAGCACUAUCCUGUUGUUGGAGAGCAGCAAUUCGCUUUCAAGUCUUCAGUUGGUUUUAUUGAUCAUUUGCAGGAGUUUCUUGGCGCUACUCUCAAUUCCACCCCAUUAGUCAUUCCUCCUUUUACUCUCCUUAAACAGAAUAUGAUAUCCAUCAUUGAUUUUCUGGAGGCGUAUUCUAUCAGUAGGCUCGUAGCUGUCCCAUCGAUGGUCAGAGCUAUUCUACCUACUUUACAACAUCGUGGACAUAAUAAGCUCCAAAGUUGCCUGAAGCUGGUAGUUUUAAGUGGCGAAACCUUUCCUCUGAGCCUGUGGGAUUCACUUCACACGCUACUUCCGGAAACAUGUUUUCUGAACCUAUAUGGGAGUACAGAGGUAUCAGGGGACUGCACUUAUUUUGACUGCAGUGGCUUGCCAAAACUCUUAGAGACCGAGAAGAUCGGUAGUGUUCCUAUUGGCAAGCCGAUUUCCAAUUGCAAAAUUUUACUUCUUGGUGAUGAAGAUAAACCGUGUGAGGGAGAAAUAUGUGUUGGUGGUCUCUGUCUUUCUCAAGGAUACCUGCAUUCCUCGAUAGAGUCCCAAAGCUACGUGAUGCUGCAUAAUACCUCACUCUGCAAUCAUUUAACCAGUGAUUGUGGAAGUCAGCUUUAUUAUAGAACUGGUGAUUACGGCCGAAAGCUUUCUAGUGGUGAUUUGGUUUUUAUUGGAAGAAGGGAUCGAACUGUUAAAGUCAAUGGACAACGCCUGUCCCUUGAAGAGAUUGAAACAACUCUAGAACUAAAUCCAUAUGUUACUGAAGCUGUUGUUAUACUUAACAGAGAUCAGACAGAGCUUGCUUCACUUGAUGCCUUUUUAGUACUGAACAAGGAAACCAAGUCUGAUGAAGAUGUCAUAUAUUCUAUCAGAAAUGGGAUGAGAGAAAAACUUCCCUCGGUGAUGAUUCCUAACCAUUUUGUUUUGGUGGAGUCACUGCCAAGUACUUCAAGUGGGAAAGUUGAUUAUGAAGCACUAGCAAGGUUGAAAUGUCCUAGAAGUAGAAGUCAUGGUGAAGAUAUGAUGCAUAUCAAUGAAACUGAUAGUCUACUGGAUACUAUUAAAAAGGCCGUUUGUGAUGCUUUAAUGGUCAAAGAUGUUUCAGAUGAUGAUGAUUUCUUUGCCAUUGGUGGAGACUCUUUAGCCGCAGCGCAUCUUUCUCAUAGUCUUGGUAUUGAUAUGAGAUUGAUCUACCAAUUUCGAAGUCCGUCCAAGCUUGUGAUCUGUAUGUCCGAGAAGAAAGGCAAGUUAAGAGAAGAUAUGCAACACAACACCAUUCAGAAGCCAGACCACAAGACAGAGAUUGAGGAUAGUAAUGAGUUGGUUAGUAGACCUUCAAGAAUGCAGUGUGAGAACAGCGUCUCUGCAAAGCGAUUGAAAAUUGAUUCAGAUCAGUUCUCUUCCAAAAGCAUGAAAGAUAAAAUAUCAUGGGAUUCAGGAUAUUCUGAAAUGCAGUGUGCAUUCAGUCGGUGCAACAAUGUACAUUAUCUAAACUCGUGUGGUAACGAAGGGGGAAACCGAGAAAACUGGUCGGUGGAGUUGCCAAGGAACCAAAUGGUCUCUAUUCAAGAGCUAUGGAAAGUUCAUAUGGAGUCUUGUGUAGAUGCCUCGCCCCUGGUUGUGUUGAAGCAUUCCAAAACUUAUCUAUUUAUUGGGUCUCAUUCACGUAAAUUUUUCUGCAUCGAUGCAAAUAGUGGUUCGAUCUGUUGGGAGACCAUUUUAGAAGGAAGGAUCGAAGGUUCAGCCAUGGUAGUUGGUGACUUUUCUCAGGUCGUUAUUGGAUGCUACAAAGGAAAAUUAUAUUUCUUAGAUUUCUCAACUGGAAGCUUAUGUUGGACAUUCCAAGCAGGUGGUGAGAUAAAGUGCCAACCUGUGGUGCACACAUCUUCACAACUGAUAUGGUGCGGAUCACAUGACCACACUCUCUAUGCCCUUGACUAUAGGAGCCAACGCUGUGUUUAUAAGCUGCAGUGUGGUGGGAGCAUAUUUGCGUCACCUAUAAUUGAUGAGGGUCAUAGUUCACUUUAUGUGGCUUCUACAAGUGGCCGCGUGACAGCUGUAUCAAUAAAGGGCAGGUCAGAUCUACAAAAUAUUCCUUGGAGUAAUUGUUCACUACCAAAUAAUCUGGAUUUCCCAUUUCACACCUUGUGGGUACUUGAACUAGAUGCACCGACUUUUGGUUCCCUGUCCAUUAUCCCAUCAAGCCGAAGCGUUAUUUGCUGCUUGGUUGACGGCCAAGUUGUCGCAAUAAGUCCGUCUGGAACUAUUAUUUGGAAGUAUAGGACUGGCGGGCCCAUAUUUGCUGGGCCUUGCAUGUCAUAUGUGCUUCCUUCUCAGGUGCUCGUGUGCUGUAGAAAUGGAAGUGUUUAUUCACUAGAACCGGAGUCCGGGUGUCAUCUGUGGGAAUACAAUAUCGGUGACCCGAUCACGGCAUCUGCAUACAUCGAUGAGAAUCUGCAUUUUGAAUCGCAUCAGCUCCUUGGAUCAGACAGGUUGGUGUCUGUAUGCUCUAGCUCGGGAAGAGUUCAUGUCCUUCGCGUGAGAGCUAGUCUCAGCAGAGAUUCACAUGAAUCAAAAGUAGGAGAAAUAGCAAAGUUGGAGUUGCAGGCAGACAUUUUCUCUUCACCAGUGAUGAUUGGUGGCCGGAUUUUUGUUGGCUGUCGUGACGACUAUGUGCAUUGCCUCACUCUUGAGAGCUGCAUGUAGAAGAGGUUAUACUCAUUUUGAAAUCUUAUAUAUAAUCAUGGAAGUUUUGAGUUUGAUUCCAGAAAAGUCUUUAUUAAAUUUUGCUUAAUAUUUUAGGAAUUCUGAAUGCUAAAUAAAUUGUUUACUUAAUUUUGAAUGAUCCUGUUGUACGGUGUUAACUAUAUUUUAUUAUUAAGUGGAUUCGAAAAACGUA